UCUAUGCUGGAGAGUGUAGUUUCUAAGGGACUGAUAUAGAUCCUUACUUUUAAAUGAGAUCAUAGACUCGAGAGAACAAAUGAUAUUAACAUCAACUUCGAGAUUAUUAUAACGGGUCUACCGGGUUCUCACAAACAGAGGUGAACUUUGCACUCUUUAGCUUACAGAUGUGCAGUAAACUUAAUUUUUCUGUGAAAACAUUUCAAGAUGAAAAGAUCAGCUGCACCCAGUCAACAAGGGGCUGCCAAGAAGAGGUUCAAGCCACCAUUUCUGGCCACUCCAGGGACUGAAAAUACCUCAAGCAACAAUAAUGAUCAGAAUUUCACAAAACCACAAAAUCCCUCCCUCUCAGGUGUGUCAUCCAAAGCAAUAAACAAAGGUCAUGGUGUGGGGGUCGUCACUCUUCAUAAUCAUGCAAAUAUAAGGGAAGAGACAUCUGACAACACAGACAUGAGAUGUACCCCUCUACAAAGCCGUGCUUUGAGACUUGUUCAGCUGUCAACUUGGACUGGUGCAAAACCUGGGGUAGAUGAAGCCUCACAUACUAUAACUCCAGAAUCAGGGAAUGUAUCAGACUUAAAACAGGAUACAUCCUUUCCGAGUACAGCUCAGUUAUUGCCAGGUUCAAUAAAUGAAAAAGAUGUUGAAGAUCUUAGAUCUUUGAAGAAUUCUGUUUUUAAAUCUGUGCCACGUCAAGACAGACAAUAUAGUUCAUGUGGACCACAAGAAUCUUCAUCAAGUUCUCUUUCAAGACGGUCAGAUUCUACAUCCUCCCAAUCAACUGGUAGUUCCGGUAGAUUCCUCUCUCCUGCUUCAAAUGUCAGGUCAAAGGUAGAGGGAGCUGAACCACUAAAGCAAUAUUUCACUGUCAUGUGGGCCAAACUAACCAAGAAAAAGCACAAGACAUGGGAAGGAGAUGGGAUCCUGGUAAUCAGUGGGAGAAGUGCCACUUUGCAAGAUAUGGAAGGAAAAGAGAUCUGUUGUGCCAAGGGUUACAAAGCUGAAGAAGUGGAAAACCUACCAGAAGGAGCAACUCUUAAAGUUGGAAGCAAGGAAGUUGAGAUCACUGGCUCUUUGACUACAGAUGCUUAUACCAGUGGACGUUGCUUUAACGCUGUUCAGAAGAGGGAGCUGUCUAAACAAGAGAAACCCAAACUAACAGCGCCAGUUGCUCCCAAACCCUUUACCUGUCCUUUACCAGGCCAUGUUGAGUCAAAGUCUAAGUUGUCACAGUCUCAGACAGUUGUCACACCAAGAUUUGACCCCAUGGCUCCAGGUGCCCUGGUCAUGCUCAGACCAUUGUCCACUCAUCAAUGGCAGUUCAAUAAAAAUGGCACCCCUGUGGUAGAUGUUGUUGUGGACCCCCAUGUUGCCUGUCAUCUGAGACCACACCAAAGAGAAGGGGUUGCCUUCCUGUACCAGUGUGUUAUGGGGAUGAGAGAACAUGUGGGGCAAGGUGCAAUACUAGCAGAUGAGAUGGGACUUGGAAAGACACUGCAAUGCAUAGCUUUGAUAUGGACCCUGUUAAAGCAGGGACCAUAUGGUGGGAAGGCUGUUGUAAAGAGGGUGCUCGUCGUGACACCAGGCAGUCUGGUGAAGAACUGGUGCCAUGAGUUCCAUAAAUGGCUUGGUAAAGAGAGACUAGCAGUGUUUGCUGUAACCAAGGAGAAGAAAGUUAAGGACUUCCUCACUUCUUUCCACCCUGUCUUAGUGGUGUCCUAUGAGAUGUUGGUCAGGCACAUAGAACACAUCAGACAGGUCAAAUUUGAUCUUAUUGUCUGUGAUGAAGGACACAGGCUGAAGAAUUCCUCCAUCAAGACUACUUCACUCAUGUCCAGUCUGUCUGUCCAGAGGAGAGUGGUGCUCACAGGUACUCCCAUACAGAAUGACCUGCAGGAGUUCUUCUCCUUGGUGGACUUCUGCAACCCUGGAAUUCUAGGCACCAGUUCAGCCUUCCACAAUAUCUAUGAGGUUCCAAUCCUGGCAUCUCGUCAGCCAGGUGCUUUGCCAGAGGAGUUGGAGCUGGGCCGAACACGCUCAGAUGAAUUAUCUCAGCUCACCAAACAGUUUAUCCUCAGGAGGACUCAAGAGGUCAAUGAUCAAUAUCUACCACCCAAAGUUGAAUAUGUUGUAUUUUGCCGUCCUAGUGAAGUACAGUUGCAAUUAUAUAGACAGAUCCUUAAAUCUCAAGCUGUGCGCAGAUGCCUUCAGGAUGUAAGCAAUACAGCCUCUCAUCUUGUGGGCAUAGGGGCAUUGAAGAAGCUAUGUAACCAUCCAUGUUUGAUAUAUGAGGCAGCAAGAGAGACAGAAGAGAGCAGUGAACGUAUGGACAUGUCUUCCUCACCAUUUAUUGGGCUACUGCAGCAUUUCCCAGACAGUUACAGCGUGCAAGAACCAAGCUCUGAUGAAGUUGGCAAACUUACUGUGCUGCUCACACUACUGUCUUCAAUUGUACAGUCUCAGGAAAAAGUUGUUGUCGUCUCUAAUUACACAAAGACAUUAGAUAUCCUUGAAACUAUCGUGAAAGGUCACGGUUACAAAUUCCUUCGUUUGGAUGGACAGACACCCACAGACAAAAGACAGGAGAUUGUCAAUUUGUUCAAUUCUAAAUACUCCCAACAUACUGUCUUUCUGUUGAGUUCUAAGGCUGGUGGGAUAGGAUUGAACCUUAUUGGUGCCUCUAGGAUUGUGUUGUAUGACAUAGACUGGAACCCUGCCACAGACCUACAGGCUAUGGCAAGAGUGUGGAGAGAUGGACAGAAAAGAACAGUGCAUAUAUACAGACUAAUCACUACUGGAACAAUCGAAGAAAAAAUCUACCAGCGACAAAUUAUCAAACAAGGUUUGAGUGGGGCAGUGGUGGACAGUAAGAUAGAUGGCAGUAUAGGUUUCUCCCAAGAUGAGCUGAGAGAUAUAUUCACUUUGCAUGAGGAUAGUGCCUGUGUGACACAUGACAUGCUGCAGUGUGAGUGUUCUGGAAGGAAGGUGGUAUCCCUUGUUGAACCAAGUAGUAGUUGUAGUAGCAGCAACAGGCAGUGUCAGCUCGGGAUUAAUAAGGCUAGUGUCAAGAAGCACUUUGGAAUGGAAAACCUGCUUGAUUGGGAACACAAAAUAGUACCAGAAAAGGGGGAUCCCUUGUGUGCAGCAAGCGAUUGGAUUACUAUGAUAUUUAAAAAUGAAAGAGCUUCAAGUCAACUAAAUAAAGAAGUAUUGUCAAAAAUGCAUUUAGAAUGCUGAAGCUACAAAGACACUAAAAUGAAGCGGUGCUAAAGAGAUUAAAUUUUGUGAAGAAUCAAAAGCUGGACCAUAGAUAGUUAAAGUAGCUGAUAAUGGAUCAUCAACAGGUCUUUGCACAAUUUUUUUCAAGAUGACUAUACUCUCUUGAUAAUGGACAUUACAUUAUGUAACCAUAAUAAAUUGUAUUACAAACACUGGAUUUAUUGUUAGAACUUACUGUCAACCUGGUAUACCUUAAAACCCAAAUUGUCAGUCAGGAUGUAAGAUGCCUUUGUAGUGGAGGUGGAUCAUUGUGAUAACUGUGAAUACCCCUUGAUCUUUUUAGUAAUGUGGCUCCCAGGUUAAGAUCAGUCAAUGUAAGUAACAAUAUUU